AUGCUAAUUCGCAACAAUACCGAGCUAACCGACUUUGCGCGCAUGCAUUUCUUAUCAUCUUGUCUAAAAGGUCGUGCGUUAGAAUGUAUAGCGAAUAUUUCUGUAACUGCCGCUAAUUUUGAAAUCGCAUGGAAGGCUUUGACUUCGCGGUACAAAAGCAAACGACGGUCGAUAAACACACAUCUUUGGACAUUGCUUAACUUAUCACCGAUAACGCGCGAGUCGGCUUCCGAGUUGCAAACAUUAUAUGACGAAGUUAAUAUCGCUGUAGCGUCGUUAAAAAAUCUGAAUCGAAAGCCGGAGGAACUCUGGAACGAUAUUCUCGUUCACCUUAUCGUGCAAAAAUUAGAUCCGGUAACGCGAAAAGCAUGGAACGUGAAAGCAAGCGAUACCGACGCUCCGCCGGCGUACGAAGAUUUUCUUCGUUUUCUUCAAUCUCGUACUCGCGCGCUCGAAGAACUUGCGACAACCGCAAGUUCCAAGAACACUACCAAACCCGUUGCAGCCUCGCGCGUACAUUCCGCCACCGCAUCCGCUAGCACCCAGACUCUGUGUCCGGUGUGCAAAGCUCGACAUUUUCUUAAUGUGUGCCCUUCGUUCGUGAGUAAGAAUGCGAGUCAACGGCGAGAGCUCGUUAAGCAGCAUAAACGUUGCUUCAAUUGCUCAAGCGCGAAGCAUUCCGCACAGGAAUGUCGGAGUAAAUAUUCAUGUCGGGUUUGCCACAAAAAGCAUCAUUCGAUGCUUCACGUUGACUCGAAUUCUGGCUCAAGUUCCUCGAGAACUAUUAUGCCGGAUUGUUCGUCGCCUCAACCGUUCGGUUCGACACCGGAAGUAAAUUCUCUGAUCGCCUCAACGAGAAAGCGAUCACCCGUCUUAUUAGCGACGGCCUGGGUAACGGUGCGCUGUCCGUCCGGUCGAACCGCUGCCGUUCGAGCUCUCCUCGAUCAGGGCUCGGAAAUGACAUUUAUUUUGGAAAGUUUAGCGCAACUCUUGCGCGUAAAACGCAUUCGCAUGCCGAUCUCCGUUUCCGCCGUCGGCGGGAUUCACGCGGAGACAUUUCAACACGCGACUCAAAUAUUCAUUUCUCCCCGCGAUUCUCUCGUUCCGUCGCUUUCGACCACCGCGCUCAUUAUGAAAUCGUUAACUUCUUAUACUCCGAAACAGAACGUGGAUAUCUCGUCACUCUCUUAUCUUGCUGAUUUGCCGCGAGCAGACGCGGAUCCGACGAGUCUUGAUCCUAUAAAUCUCAUUAUCGGAGCAGAUCUCUAUAACGAUAUCAUUCUCGACGGUGUUCGCAAAGGAAGCGUCGGACAACCAAUUGCUCAGAAUUACGUCCUCGGAUGGAUAAUUUCGGGACCUAUUACGUCAUCAACGACGAAUAAUCUUUCAUCACCGACAAUUCUUUAUGGAAACUGCGCUCUCAAUCGCGUUUCAACUCAUCAUAUUGUCGGCUCUCCCUCGCUCGAAGAGGAACUUCAUCGGUUUUGGGAGGUCAAGGAACUCCCACGACAAACUCAUCUCACACCGCAAGAACAGCAGUGUGAAGAGCAUUUUCGCUUAACGCAUUCUCGCGAGUCUGACGGACGGUAUGUCGUGCGGCUACCGUUCAAAAGGGGUCCUCCGAUUGUAAUCGGAAGUUCAAGGCCUCACGCGGAAGAAUUGCUCCAUUCAUCACUUCACAGAUUUCGCGAUAAACCGGAAGUCGCGAAAGAAUAUGGCGAAUUCAUGUCCGAUUAUCAACGACUUGGGCAUAUGCAGCCUGCGCCGACAGUUCAAAGUCAAAUCGAACAAUCUGUUUAUCUCCCACAUCACGGGGUUAUCCGGGAAAGUAGCUCUACUACGCGUCUUCGCGUUGUUUUUAACGCAUCGAGCGUUACUUCUAACGGCACAUCGUUAAAUGAUCAUUUAAACGCCGGGCCGAAAUUACAAACCGAUCUCAUGUCGGUCAUCCUACAAUGGCGUACAUACAAAUACGUCUAUUCAUCCAAUAUCGCGAAAAUGUAUCGCCAGAUUCACAUCGAUGCGCGUGAUAUAGAUUAUCAACGGAUCUUGUGGAAGUCAUCGCUGUCGGAACCGCUCAUCGAUUAUCAAUUACUAACGGUUACGUAUGGAAUGUCAUGUGCUCCGUUUCUAGCCCUUCGGGUAUUAAAACAACUCGUCAUCGAUGAAGGUCAGCACUUUCAGCUCGCAGUUCCUAUCCUAAGCGAUAAUAUUUAUGUCGACGAUUUACUUUUCGGAGCUGACGAUACCAUUCGAAUUCGGCAAGCGCGCGAUCAAUUAAACUCUAUGUUAAAGCGCGGCGAUUGGGUGGGUCACUCCGGUCACGAUUACCGCUAA